CCCGCAGUGACGGCAUUGCGCUGUCCACAAACUGAAGGGUCUGCGGUGGUGUAUCACAAAAGUCCUGAGGAGACGAGCGUUUUCAGGGCACUCCUGGGGCAUCUCUCGACUCCAAUUACCAUGGACGACAGCUCCAUUGGGUCUACAAGCUCACCCAAAGACAGUAAUCUCCUUGAAGAGCCAUCCAAAAAGCGUCCGCGCCCAAACACGCCUGACGAUGCUUGGACAAGCCGACUAGACAAUGGAGUUGAUGACAAUAUGUCCAAUGCCAGCAUGCCGGCCACUGUUAUCUCUAAUGAACAGAAGCAUCGGUACACGGUGCUUGUCAUAAAUGAAGAUCCCGGGGCAACUACACUACAAGACGCGUCGACGGAGCCGCUGCCACUCGAGCUGUUCAGACAGCCUGAGUGCACGGAGGCGUUUGAGAGCUUGUUGCAGUUAUGGGGGUAUGGUUAAUACGGAG